GUUCAUCCUUGAACGACGACUGGGGCUCUUUCUUCAUCUCCAACCUCUCCCUCUCUCUUUCAAUCCAUCACUCUCCUCUGUUUCCCUCAUCUUGUGGCACGUUCGCGCCGCAUCUUCGACUCUUUCCCCGGCGACGCGACCCCCUUGUGGAGAGCAUCGCGUUCUGCACGUCAGCGCAACCUCGCUGCAAAAGGACAGCUUUCGCGGCAGCUUCGCAUUCGACAUUCUAACCCGCGCUCAACAACAACCGCCAUCAUGUCCCAUGAGGAGGAUCUCAUCGAUUACUCCGAUGAGGAGAUCGGCGGCAACGAGACCGCCGCCACCACCUCCAACGGCAAGAAGGGCGAGCUCGCCGCCGGCAACAAUGUCGACAAGAAGGGCAGUUACGUCGGUAUUCACUCGACCGGUUUCCGCGACUUCCUGCUCAAGGCCGAGCUCCUUCGCGCGAUCGCCGACUGCGGUUUCGAACAUCCAUCGGAGGUCCAACAAACUUGUAUCCCUCAGGCUCUUCUCGGCGGUGACAUCAUCUGCCAAGCCAAGUCCGGUCUGGGAAAGACGGCCGUCUUUGUCCUCGCGACUCUUCAGCAGGUCGAGCCUGUGAACGGAGAGGUCUCGGUGGUUGUCAUGUGCCACACACGUGAGCUGGCCUACCAGAUUCGGGACGAGUACAACCGAUUCAGCAAGUACAUGCCUGACAUCAAGACUGGCGUGUUCUAUGGUGGUACUCCCAUCAAGACGGAUGUCGAGACCCUGAAGAACAAGGAGACCUGCCCUCACAUCAUUGUCGGCACUCCUGGUCGUCUUAAGGCUCUUGUCCGUGACAAGGCUCUGCGUCUCGGCAGCGUCCGCAUUUUCGUCCUCGAUGAGUGCGACAAGAUGCUUGACCAGCCUGACAUGCGUACCGAUGUUCAGGAUGUGUUCCGCGCUACUCCUCAGCAGAAGCAGGUUAUGAUGUUCUCGGCCACUCUGUCCGAGGAGGUCAAGCCCAUCUGCCGAAAGUUCAUGCAGAACCCUACCGAGCACUACGUUGAUGAGGACACCAAGCUCACGCUCCACGGUCUCCAGCAGUACUACAUCAAGCUGGAGGAGAAGGAGAAGAACCGUAAGCUCAACGAGCUCCUGGAUGAUCUGCAGUUCAACCAGGUCAUCAUUUUCGUCCGCAGCACCGUCCGUGCUACCGAGCUUGACAAGCUACUCCGGGAAUGCAACUUCCCUUCGAUCGCUGUUCACUCGGGUGUCAGCCAGGAAGAACGUAUCCGUCGCUACAAGGAAUUCAAGGAGUUCAAGAAGAGAAUCUGCGUUGCUACUGACGUCUUCGGCCGAGGUAUUGAUAUUGAGCGUAUCAACCUUGCCAUCAACUACGAUCUUUCAAACGACGCCAGCUCGUACCUUCACCGAGUCGGUCGCGCCGGUCGUUUCGGUACCAAGGGUCUGGCCAUCUCUUUCGUCAGCACCGACCAGGACCAGGAGGUGCUGAAGGAGAUUGAGAAGCGAUUCGAGGUCGCCCUUCCUGAAUUCCCCAAGGAGGGUGUUGAUGCCAGCACUUACAUGGCUUCCUAGAGUACCGCAUCACAUGGUGUUUAGAGUGGAUCGUACGACAACAGGGGUCAACUUCUCUCGCUGCCACGGACGCAAUGGUGAGGAAACCAGGAGAAUGGUAUCAAACAAGACAUUUUUGGCGGCGAAGGGGAAAAGUUGCAAACGGUUCCGGCUUUUAUUUGGUCAAUUGUAAUUGAGUAUGUAACUAUUGAAUGCAUUUUGC